AUGCAUUCUCAUUUUUCUCCAAAUCGAUCAGAUUCAUUUGGGUAUAGGUCCAACUUACCCAUAGAUUCCAUUGGCUCACCCACGAUUGAAUUUUCGGUCUCGACAAAUAGCAUAUUGGCAGAUGAAGAUGUUGUCAAUUUAGGCUUUCAUGGUGCCGUACAAACGAAUGCAUCAGCAACUGAUUUCGAAAGAGAAGAGCUCAAGUAUAAUGGCACGCGGCAGCUUGAUCCAAGUCAGCUACUGGGAUUCGAGAUGAUGAAGCAAAAAUCACUUGCGUUGAACCAAAGCACUCCGCUAUCUGGCCGCCAAAAUGGUUGGAAUCGACACGAGCCGAUGCAUGAAGGUAGUCCCAGUUUCGAGAACCUAACCAAUUUACCACAUCAUAAUUUUAUCGAGGGACAAUUUUCGAGAUCUCGCUCUGGAGAGGGAGGUGUUUUUGUACCCAGUCGCGAUAAGGCAUCAACGACGAAUAGUUUACAAGAACAUCGACCCAACCCUUCCUCCAUGCUGCCAGAUAAUCGAAACGGGUUGGGCCCAAGUCGAAAUCACUCCGUUUACCAAAGUGCAGUUGGAAAUUCACCACAGAUAAACAAUCAACAACCUCAAACCAAGAAUGGAACUAGUGCCAAACAACCACUCUAUGACGUGAAUAGCAUGUCUGAUGAUGAGUUACGAAAUCGUGAGUUGUUUCUUAUGCGACAAGAGCUUGUCUCUUUACGUGCAGAAACGCUACAAUUGAAAAGAAAUGAGAGCCAGAUACUUGAAGAAAAUCAGCAAUUGAAUUCCUACAACAACCUGCUACUUGAAGAGAAUAAAAGAAUGAAUUCCAACAAUAGCCUAUUGGAAGAAAAGAUCAAGCAACUCAAUACCAAUAAUCAACAAUUGGUUCAAGAAAUUGAGCGAUUGAAUUCCUUGCUAAAAGAUCGUGAUGCAAAUGUUAAUCCCCAGCUCAAACCACAGAUUUGCAAAUCUAUGCAAACAGAUCCGUUGAAGGAGCUUGAUCGUGUCGCAGAAUCCCCCGUACGUGAGGCUGGUGGUUCGAAAAUCAAAAGAGAUGGUCCAGUUCAACACCAGUGCAAGUGUACUGAGUCAACCAAAAAAAGCCAUUCUGCCACUUCAGAUUUAUCUCCAGUGAGUCAAGAAGAACCAUUGUCAAAUGAGGCAAGUACCGGGCAGCAGAGGCAGUCUCAAUCACUUGACGACGCAUCCGUAGAGAAUGAGAGCCGAGAUCAUGAUGAUCGUGACCACCGUGUUCCUCUAACUAAUGCCACUUCUGCGGAUGUUUUAGAUCAAAUCAAUGUCAACUCAACCUCCAACAAUACACUCGUUCAUCUGAAAAACAUGUAUCCCAAUUUUGAUAUAACAAGACACUUGCCCGGCCCCAAUUAUCCCCAAGUUGAGCAGUGCGACUUGGAUAAAGCUGAACUAUUAUCACAUGACGAUCUCGUUUAUUGUGUCAAAACAGUGCUAGCCGUGGCUGUUAUUCGCUUGGAUGAAAAUUACGAAGCCAGUUUGUAUCGUCAGCGGCGUUUCAUUAGUAUCGCCCUGAGAUUUGUCAAACUUGUUCAUAGCUUUACUUUCCCCCUUAGGUUGGAUAUAAGUUGUUCCAGUUGGUUUGAAGGGAGAAUGUUGGACAGUGAAGGCAAAGUGGAUGAAGACAUGGUGGGCCUUCAACAUAUGUUGAAUGAGUUGUUGCGUGUUAUUCAAAUAGUGAUGGACGAAAGACGCGAGCUCGUCUCUAAGCAAAAGCCUCGAGGAAGCUAA